GCGGCCGAGCAGGGACGCGCCGCUCCCCGCCAAACCGCUCUGCGGGGAAAGGAGAAGCUGUGCCAAGGGCGCAGGUGGCGCAGGGGACACACGGGGCACACCGAGCACCCCGGGCGAGCCGCCCGGUCCCGCCGCUCCGGUCCGGGCACGGCCACACCGACCCCGACCCCGCUCCCGCCGGCGCCACAACUUUGUCCCGCCGCGGCCGCCGUCCCCCCCCCUCUGAAGGCCCAAGAUGGCGGCGCCCGGCGGGGCGGGCGCGGCCCCGAUCCCGAUCCCGAUCCCGGCCCCCGUCCUGCUCCCGGAGCCGCCGCCGUUCCCGGCCUGGCUCGCAGCGCGGCUGGACGCGCUGGGGCUGGACCGCGCCGUGUACGGCGCCUACAUCGAGGGUCUGCUGCGGGAGGAGGAGAGUGACGAGGAGCGGCUGGAGGCGCUGCGGGCCGUCCUGGCCGCCUGCCUGGAAGAAGAUCUCUUGAAUGAUGUGUGCAGGGAAGUUGUGGAGAGGUGGUCUGACUCCCAGGUCGUUGAUGCCAAAGAGGAGAAAGAAGAUGAGGUCCAGGCCAUCACCAGCAUGAUGGAGAAGCAGGCCAGGAUAGUGGUGAAGCCCAAGGAGGUGUCCCAGGAGGAGAAGCAGAGGAAGGCUGCACUCCUGGCCCAGUAUGCCAAUGUGACUGACGAGGAGGAUGGUGGGGAUGAACAGGAUGGAUCAACGACAGCAGUAAAUAUUGGAUCAGAAAAAUCGCUGUUCCGAAACACCAACGUGGAGGAUGUCCUGAAUGCCAGGAAGCUGGAGCGGGAGCUGCUGCGGGAUGAAUUCCAGAAGAAGAAAGAGCAGGAUAAACUGCAGAGGGAGAAGGACAAGCUGGCCAAGCAGGAGCGGAAGGAGAAGGAGAAGAAACGAACACAGAAGGGCGAGCGGAAGCGGUAGCUGGUGAUUUCCAGCUGGACUCUCAAAGGAUAAAAUUAAUUCUGAAUACGGUGUGUGUUUAAAAAGCAGCAAGAAUUCCAGGCACGUGGCUGGGAGCUGUUCUUGGGAAGUGUUGCCUUUUUUUUCUUUUUCCUUUUUUUUUGUUUUGUUAUAUAGCAGAACAGAAUCUCUGAGCAGCUCCUGGACUCUGUGUGCCCUGUGCUUGUGGUGUCAGUGUCCCAGUCAGUGCUUGUGGCCAGUGUCUGUACCAAAGAAGGGUGAAGUGAUUAUGUCCAUGUUGUUAAAUUGAUUCAUUUUUAUGUCUGACCACCUGGGAGCAGAGCACGGUGUAUGAGCAGCCCCUGUACUGGCCAUGGUUAGAUCUGAGCCUGUCCUGCCAUGGGCCAGGCUGCCCCAGGGCACGCAUGGAUUCAUUUACACAAGCCUUGAAAAACACCUUUGCAAAUCCCUGUUUGCACUGCUGAGGCCAUGCUCCAGCCCUGCUCAGGCUGGGCUGGGGGAAGCAGGGCUGGAGCUGAGCUCAGCACAGGGCAGUGCUGGGCUGCAGCAGGAGUGAGAUGUGUGAAAUAGAAAGGGUCUGUGGUGAUGUGACUGCAGCACCUGCAGGCUGUGAGUGAAGGAAACACCGCCCAGGUGCAGUGCAGGAGCAUUGGCCUCAGCAGCAGCAAACCAUGCUCCUAAUGCAGUUUUAAGGCUCAAGAUAGCUGGAAAAUGCUGCUCCCCGAUGUUCUGUGAGGUGAUCAUGGACUGUUACUUCCACAGCUCUUGCCAGGGUGAAGCUCUGAAGCUGGUUUGGCACAAGCAGGGUGAGCUGGGGAUGUGCUGGGGUCACUGCCUGUUGGGCACAGCUGCCAUCAGGAACUGCAGUGCUCUUCCUGAACGCUCCUCAUCCCCCACAGGGUUCAUCCCCGCUGCUCCAGCCUUUUUUGUGAUGGUGUUGCCCACUGGGGAAGGAGAACACUAAUCCUGUGAACUGAGGGGGAAGGAGGGCCUGUGAGAGGAAUGGGUGUGCCUGGGCUCUGUGCUGCAGCAUGCUCUGGUGCCUGUUUGCUGUGAGGUGACCUGUGCUGAGCUCCUGUGCUCCUGCACUCCAAGGGUGCCUGACCCAGCGUCGAUUUCAGCACUGCUCUGACUCCAGGGCCAGGCCUCCCCCUCAGGCCACUGCUGUGUGUGUGAGCCUCCAACUGCUUUGUCUUUGGACUUGAAUAAUAAAUAUUGAUUGGCCAAGAAGUUGC